CUAGUGAUAGUCGCGAUGAUGUACGGGAUGUAGAUAAGGGGUCACAUGCACGAUGGUGUGGUGCGGCAGCUUGGAAAAUAUCCCUUCAUAUAAACCUCAGAGAGAACAAGAGAGGGAGUAGGCUUUGGAAACAGCUGCAGGGAGGGAAGCUCAACGGUGCGAACUUUUCUGAACAAGUAGUUGAAAGCUUUCCAUCUGAUAUCUCUACUGGUAUUUACUAUGGAUGGGCCUGUGUUGGAAAUGGAGAUGUGCAUAAAAUGGUUUUGAGCAUAGGAUGGAAUCCUUUCUAUAAGAAUAUUAAGAAAUCAGUGGAAACGCACAUUAUCCACACCUUCAAAGAAGACUUUUAUGGAGAAGUUCUUAGUAUAGUCAUCAUAGGAUAUAUUCGACCUGAAAAAAACUUUGAUUCCUUAGAGGCGCUCAUUUCAGCAAUUCAGGAAGACAUUGAGGAAGCAAAAAAACAGCUAGAUUUACCAGAACAUCUGAAACUCAAAGAAGAUAACUUCUUUCAUCUGCCAGAAAGCAAAAUAGUGAACAACCACUGA